AUGUGGGGAAUUCGUCAGAGGAAACGAAAAACCGAGCGGUCCACACACCAGAGAGGUCACUGCUGGUCGCACACAGGCCUCUGCCCCCCCCCCCCCCUCCCGGGUGGGGGUUCUCCACGGUGGGCGUCUCUCAGCCCUCCGGAGCGCACGGUGGCACUAACGCGUCCUGUCCGCGUGUGCGCGCGCCGCUCUGCAGCGUCCACGCUCAAGACGCAAGAAAACACGCCACCGUGCAGAAGUCUGAGCCCAAAGCAACGGGGAACACCCACAUCAGCCCAGUGGUUCGCCGAGAUGGAAGUGCAGCUCCCGCCUCACGAGGGGCCGGACCUCUCUGUGGUGGACAUGCACACCGGGGGGGAGCCGCUGCGGAUCAUCCUGGCCGGCUACCCGGAGGUCAAAGGUCAGAGCCUGCUGCUGAAACGCCGGCACGCCCGGGCCCACCUGGACCACCUGAGGAGGGCGCUGAUGUGGGAGCCCCGGGGCCACUGCGACAUGUACGGGGCCCUGCUGGUGGACAGCGAGCUGCCGGACGCCGACCUGGCCGUGCUGUUCAUGCACAACGAGGGCUACAGCACCAUGUGCGGCCACGCCGUCCUCGCGCUGGCCCGCUUCGCCGUGGACUACGGGCUGGUGAGGGAGCCGCGCUCCCCGGAGACGCAGGUCAACAUCCACUGCCCCUGCGGCCUGGUGAAGGCCUUCGUCCAGUACUCGGACGGCAAAACGGGAGCGGCCAGGUUUCUGAGCGUGCCGGCGUUCGUUUUCGCAGCAGACGUCGGCGUGACGGUGGAGGGGUUCGGAGACGUGACGGUGGACAUCAGCUACGGAGGAGCUUUCUACGCCUUCGUCGACGCCCAGAGGUUCGGUCUGGAUGUGACCCAGUCCCGGACCCGAGAUCUGGUGGACGCGGCCACGGCAGUGACCAAAGCCGUCAAAGCUCAGGUGAAGCUGCAUCACCCGAGCAGUGAGGACCUGGCCUUUCUGUACGGCACCAUCCUCACAGAUGGGAAGGACGACUACUCUCCUGAACCCACUGCCAACAUCUGUGUGUUCGCCGAGGCUCAGGUGGACCGCAGCCCCACCGGCUCAGGUGUCACAGCUCGAGUGGCUCUUCAGUAUCACAAAGGUCUCAUCCAGCUCAACCAAACCCGGACUUUUCAGAGUGGAGCCACCGGCUCUCAGUUCACAGGAAAAGCUGUUGAGGAGACCAAAUGUGGAAGCUUCCAGGCUGUGGUAGUGGAGGUCGCUGGUAGGGCCUUUUACACUGGAGUGUCACGCUUUGUCCAAGAGCCGGAAGACAAACUGACACACGGGUUUCUGCUGAAAUGA